UUUGACAAGCUAGCAGAGGUGACUGCAACAGUUACUGUAAAUCUCAAUAAGAUCAUUGAUGUGAAUCACUAUCCUGUGGAGACGGCCAAAACUUCAAACAUGCGUCAUAGGCCUAUUGGUAUUGGUAUUCAAGGUCUUGCAGAUGCAUUUAUUCUACUCGGAAUGCCAUUUGAUUCCCCUGAGGCUCAACAACUGAACAAAGACAUAUUUGAAAUCAUAUACUAUCAUGCACUCAAGUCAUCUUCAGAGAUUGCUACCAAGGAAGGUACAUAUGAGACAUACCAAGGAAGUCCUGUGAGUAAGGGUAUUCUACAGCCUGACAUGUGGAAUGUAACUCCUUCUGACCGCUGGGACUGGGCUGCUCUAAGAGAUAUGAUUUCAAAGAACGGAAUUCGAAACUCUCUUCUAGUAGCACCAAUGCCAACUGCUUCAACUAGCCAGAUUCUUGGGAAUAAUGAAUGUUUUGAGCCGUAUACGUCAAACAUUUAUAGUCGCAGAGUCUUGAGUGGUGAGUUCGUAGUUGUGAACAAGCAUCUUCUUCACGACUUGACUGAUAUGGGACUCUGGUCUCCUACUCUGAAAAACAAGAUAAUAUAUGAGAAUGGUUCUGUUAUAAAUGUCGCGGAGAUUCCUGACGACUUGAAAGCAAUUUACAAGACUGUGUGGGAGAUUAAGCAGAGAACAGUGGUUGAUAUGGCAGUUGAUCGUGGAUGCUUUAUCGAUCAAAGUCAAAGUUUGAAUAUACACAUGGACAAACCCAACUUUGCCAAACUCACUUCUUUACACUUCCACACCUGGAAGAAGGGUUUGAAAACGGGAAUGUACUACCUGCGAUCGCGUGCUGCAGCAGAUGCAAUUAAGUUUACAGUAGACACAGCAAUGCUAAAGGAGAAGCCAGAUGUAACCAAAGAAGAUGAAGUAACAGAAGAAGACAAUGAGAGGAAGAUGGCAGAGAUGGUUUGCUCUUUGACAAACCGUGAGGACUGUCUCUCUUGUGGGAGUUAAAACAAACAGUAGAAGAAACAAUAAAAUUAAUCACAAAACGUGCCUGCGUCUCUCGUUUAAGUCUGUUGAUGUGUGUAGUGUUAAGUACAACAUAACUUAAAUCUAGUUUCUGGUAUAAGAUUGUGGUGUGUGAAAGUUGAACAAGUCUCUUUUCAAACUAUGUAAUAUUAAGAAGCUGCUUUAAGGUUUUUUAUUAAAUUCUAUGGUUUAAAGGA